ACGUGAGGAGCGUUCCAUUUGGCCAGCGGUGGGCGGUUGCCACAGCUGGUUUAGGGCCCCGACUGUUGGGGCCCCUUGUCAGGAGGAGGCAGUCUCCCGGCUGGGGAGAAGUCGCUGCCACCUUCGGCGGCGGACGCGGUCCCCUGGGACUGCUCACUUCCUGCCCUCAGCUGCUGGCCGAGUUCGGUCUCCUGGGUUCAGGAGUAGAAACUGGACUUUCGAUGAUGCUUGACCGAGCAGCAGCAAUUGCAAACGACGUGAUUUCAACGCUGGGCCCAGCCUCUGUUUCUUCCCUUGUGUAAUCACACAGCCCGUUUGGGACCGGGAAUCCCAAUCAUGUCUGUGAUGGUGGUGAGAAAGAAGGUGACACGGAAGUGGGAGAAACUCCCGGGCAGGAAUACCUUCUGCUGCGAUGGCCGUGUCAUGAUGGCCCGGCAAAAGGGCAUCUUCUACUUGACCCUCUUCCUCAUCCUGGGGACGUGUACACUCUUCUUCGCCUUUGAGUGCCGCUACCUGGCUGUUCAGCUGUCUCCUGCCAUACCUGUGUUUGCUGCCAUGCUGUUCCUUUUCUCCAUGGCUACACUGUUGAGGACAAGCUUCAGUGACCCUGGAGUGAUUCCCCGGGCCCUGCCAGAUGAAGCAGCAUUCAUAGAAAUGGAGAUAGAAGCUACUAACGGCGCGGUGCCCCAGGGCCAGCGACCACCCCCGCGUAUCAAGAAUUUCCAGAUAAACAACCAGAUUGUGAAACUGAAAUACUGUUAUACAUGUAAGAUCUUCCGGCCUCCCCGGGCCUCCCACUGCAGCAUCUGUGACAACUGUGUGGAACGCUUCGACCAUCACUGCCCCUGGGUGGGGAAUUGUGUUGGAAAGAGGAACUACCGCUACUUCUACCUCUUCAUCCUUUCUCUCUCCCUGCUCACAAUUUAUGUCUUCGCCUUUAACAUCGUCUAUGUGGCACUCAAAUCCUUGAAAAUUGGCUUUCUGGAGACGUUGAAAGAAACUCCUGGAACUGUUCUAGAAGUUCUCAUCUGCUUCUUCACACUAUGGUCCGUUGUGGGACUGACUGGAUUUCACACUUUCCUCGUGGCUCUCAACCAGACAACCAAUGAAGACAUCAAAGGAUCAUGGACAGGGAAGAAUCGCGUCCAGAAUCCCUAUAGCCAUGGCAACAUUGUGAAGAACUGCUGUGAAGUGCUGUGUGGCCCCUUGCCCCCCAGUGUGCUGGAUCGAAGGGGUAUUUUGCCACUGGAGGAAAGUGGAAGUCGACCUCCCAGUACUCAAGAGACCAGUAGCAGCCUCUUGCCACAAAGCCCAGCACCAACAGAGCAUCUGAAUUCAAGCGAGAUGCCAGAGGACUCUAGCUCUCCGGAAGAGAUGCCGCCUCCAGAACCCCCAGAGCCAGCACAGGAGGCGACUGAAGCUGAGAAGUAGCCUAUCUGUGGAAGAGACUUUUGUUUGUGUUCAUUAGGGCUAUGAGAGAUUUCAGGGGAGAAGAUAAACUUGAGACAGAGAGCAAGUAAGCUGUUCAUUUUCCCGGUUUUUUGGUCAUUAGUCACCCAAUUGCACACUGGCAUUUUCUUGCUGCAAGCUGCAAGCUUUUUAUUUUUUAUUUUUUAAAUUUCUAUACUCAAGGCAGUAGCAGAAGAUGUCAGUCACCUCUUGUAAUGGACAAAUGGAUCUCUUGGGCCUUGACACCGGUUUUCCAUGGCCUCCAGCCAUAAGGUCUUCCUGGACUCUCCUCUCUCCCCUCCAGAUCCCAGCCCUCCUGCUUGGAGCCGUUAGUCUCAUUUUGGGGCUAAAGGUUUCUCAGACUGGGCUCAAAUGCUCUCAGGCUGCUGCUUGUCCCUAGUGUAGAGGCAGUCGCAGAGACCAUUGGCCAGAGAAUUUUAACUGGAUUCUUGAGGCCUCCAGAAUUAAUAAAGAUGGAGAGUGGGGUUGGAGGAUUCUCUUGGCUACCAAGUGCCAGCCUUGCCAGCUAAUCCUUUUAGGAAUGGGGCAGGUACUUUCCACUUGUUGUAUUUAUUCGUGUAGCUUCUCCUUUGUCCCCCAUCUACUCUCUAACACUAAGUCCCACUAUCUUCCCAUUAGAUACAUGUAAGUAAGUGUAGUGGAGAUAACAAUUUACAUUUCUCAUAGAGUUCCCAGAAACUUUUUAAUGCCUCUGCUGUUCUCAGUAAGAAUUAAUGAGAUGCCAAUGGCGUAUCCUUUUA